AUGCUCACCUCCCGUGGCGUUCACCGUCUCCCCCGCGCUGCCGCCGCCGCAAAGACCGCGGUCCGCAACGCCGCCCUCUUUUCGUCGGCCGCGGCCGCGACCCGCGUUGCUGCUGCUGCUGGCCAGACCAGCUCUGCUGCUCGCCCGGCGCGCGCACAGGCAACCCAGCCCGCUCGUUCUUACGCUACCGAGUCCAAGGCGGUCAUUGGUUCAGUCAAGACUGUCAUUGGUGCCGUCGUCGACGUCCAGUUCGAGACUGACGACCUGCCGCCCAUCCUGAACGCGCUCGAGGUCCAGGACUUCCACGGCGGUCGCCUCGUCCUCGAGGUUGCUUCUCACUUGGGUGAGAACUCGGUCCGCACCAUUGCCAUGGACGGUACCGAGGGUCUUGUCCGUGGCCAGAAGGUCAUCGACACCGGCGCGCCCAUCCGUAUCCCCGUCGGCCGCGAGACGCUCGGCCGCAUCAUGAACGUCAUUGGCGAGCCCAUUGACGAGCGUGGCCCCAUCAAGGGCAACAAGCUCAGCCCCAUCCACGCCGAGCCCCCCGCGUUCGUCGACCAGUCGACCACCGCCGAGGUCCUCGAGACCGGUAUCAAGGUUGUCGACCUGCUCGCCCCGUACGCACGUGGUGGCAAGAUUGGUCUCUUCGGAGGUGCCGGUGUCGGCAAGACUGUGCUCAUCCAGGAGCUCAUCAACAACGUCGCAAAGGCCCACGGUGGUUUCUCCAUCUUCUGCGGUGUCGGCGAGCGUACCCGCGAGGGCAACGACUUGUACCACGAGAUGAUUGAGACCGGUGUCAUCAACCUCAAGGGUGACUCCAAGGUCGCGCUUGUUUUCGGUCAGAUGAACGAGCCCCCGGGUGCCCGUGCCCGUGUCGCCCUUACUGGUCUCACCAUCGCCGAGUACUUCCGUGACGAGGAGGGCCAGGACGUGCUCCUGUUCAUCGACAACAUUUUCCGCUUCACCCAGGCCGGUUCCGAGGUGUCUGCCUUGCUCGGUCGUAUCCCGUCUGCCGUCGGUUACCAGCCUACGCUCUCCACGGACAUGGGUGGCAUGCAGGAGCGUAUCACCACGACCAAGAAGGGUUCCAUCACCUCCGUGCAGGCCGUCUACGUGCCCGCUGACGAUUUGACGGACCCGGCUCCCGCCACCACCUUCGCCCACUUGGACGCCACGACCGUGUUGUCGCGUGGUAUUGCCGAGCUCGGUAUCUACCCUGCCGUCGACCCCCUCGACUCCAAGUCGCGUAUGCUCGACCCCCGUAUCGUCGGCCAGGAGCACUACGAGAUCGCCACCGCCGUCCAGAAGAUCCUCCAGGACUACAAGUCGCUCCAGGAUAUCAUUGCCAUUCUCGGUAUGGACGAGUUGUCCGAGGAGGACAAGCUCACCGUCGAGCGUGCGCGUAAGAUCCAGCGUUUCAUGAGCCAGCCAUUCCAGGUCGCUCAGGUCUUCACUGGUUACGAGGGCAAGCUCGUGUCGCUCAAGGACACCGUCCGCUCGUUCAAGGAGAUCCUCACCGGCCAGCACGACUCGCUCCCUGAGUCUGCGUUCUACAUGGCGGGCACGAUCGAGGAUGUCAAGGCCAAGGCCGAGCAGCUCGCCAAGGAGCUCGAGGGCUCGUCCUGCUUCACUGUACUAUCGAAUCGUAUGGGUGACUCCGAGGAGACGACUUUGAAGUCCAAUGGGCUGCUCGGCGGAGGCGGCAUGAAGCCGUUGAAUCUCGCCGCCUUCGCUGCCGGCGCGCAGAACACACAACCACUGGUGGACGCUACCAAUACCCCGCCCCCUGCACCAGAUGCACCACGAUCACCCGUGAAGGCGCCUAUAAGGCGCUCUACACCUCCGCCUCAACCAGUUGCUGGCCCGUCUAGACCGACUACACCACGGCGGACACCCCCGCCGGCCAGCCCUCGGCGAACGGAUGAUUCGCCCAUGCGAUCCAACGGGCUGCUGUCUAUGGUCAAAGCACCUGCUCCUCCUCCGGCAAUAGAUUACGAUGACGAAGGCAAUAUGCAAUGCGAGUCCCAAGAAACUGAACUGAAUACGGAGAUGUCUCUUCAGACGAGUGGAUUACUGGGCAGCAUCACAGAGCCUGACCUAGCUUCUGCGGAGGAGCUGGCUGCGCAGCUAGAGACGGGACCGAGCACAACCCAAGACGAGGAUGACUUCUCCCUGCAGUCAAAUGGUCUGCUGGGCACUUCAGGCUUAAGACCUAGUGGGAGUGGGAGCAGCAAUAGCUCCUUGCCCAUCGACCCACUUACUCAAACCCAGUCCCAAGAUGCUCUGCCCGACAUUCACGACCUUCUACGUCCCUACGCCCGUCCCACUGCGACAACCACACCAGUCCGAGCGGCGCACAAUCCACUGCCCCGCUCCUCGGUCCGCGCGCAUACAUACGACGGCAAGCCGCUCUUCAUCAGGCGCAAACAGGCGUCUUCACCAUAUGCUACCCGACCUGCACCCGCGGCGAAAAUGACCAACCUCCUGGAUGUACCUCUACACCGACUCCUCGACGAGCUGUCCGUCUCAGCCGCCCGCAAACUAGCAGCCGAACAAGACGCCGACGCCUGUACAACCGACGAGCCGUCCCAAGACAACUCCCUCUGGGUGGACCGCUAUCGCCCACAACGAUACACCGAGCUCCUCGGCGACGAGCGCGUACACCGCGACGUCCUCGCUUGGGUCAAGGAGUGGGACAAGUGCGUGUUCGGACGAAGCAGCAAGGCUAAAGCGCGGAACAAGAAGCGCGCGAGGGAGGAAGAGACGCAGGGUGCUGGAUUCGAGGCGCCGAAGGAUGAGUGGGAUAGGCCGCAGGAGAAGAUGCUGCUGCUGUGGGGUCCGCCAGGGUUGGGCAAGACGACGCUUGCGCAUGUUGUGGCGAAGCAGGCGGGGUAUACUGUGUUUGAGAUCAAUGCCAGUGAUGCUCGCUCAGGACAGGUCGUCGACGAACGUAUACGACCUGCCGUAGAAGCCGGCGCCAGCGUUCGCAAAGACAGCAAACCCACGCUCGUAGUCAUCGACGAGAUCGACGGUGCAACCGGAGGAGGCGACAACGGUGCCGGCUUUGUACAUAAGCUCAUCCAACUUGCCAUGGAGAAACCCGCCAAAGUUGCGCGAGGGAAGGGUAAGAAAGACAACCAAGGCAAACGGCCGCUCCUACGCCCCAUCAUCUGCAUCUGCAACGACCUCUACGCGCCCGCCCUAUCCAAGCUCCGACCCAUUGCCCGCAUCGUCAAGUUCUCCCGCCCGACAGACCUGCUUCUCGUCAAGCGUCUGCGGGAGAUAUGCACGAACGAAGAGCUACAUGCCGAUACGAGGGCUUUAGGCGCACUCGUCGGGCUCGCGCAGGGCGACAUGCGUGGAUGCCUCAAUACGCUGCAGAUGCUCAAAGCCAAAGCCGGCUCGCGUGCUGUCUCCGAAGCACAGGUCCGUUCGGCCGCGGCAGGACUCAAGGAAGCGGAGGCAGGCUACGUCGCCGUGCUGAACGACCUCUUCGCGCCGCUAAGCAAGAAACGCGUAAUGGAUAUGGGCAUGGGCGAGCGCGAGCAGGAGAAGUACGUCGAGCGCCUCGCCCGUGCUCUUGAGGGGUGCGGGGCGAUGGAUCGAGUCGCAGGAGGCGCAUUCGAGCAUUACGCGAAAACGCAUCAACACGACGCUACGUUCGCGCGAUACAUGAAGGGCCACAAGUGGUUGCUAGCCUACGACACGCUCUCCGGCGAGAUGCGUUCCGAGCGCGAAUACGCACUGAUGCCGUACCUCGCGUACUCGCUCGUGCCGUUCUAUCAUUUGUUCCAGGAGAGGGGCGGGAUGAGGGUCGAGAGGCCGAAGGCUGAUUGGGAGACAUUCCAGAAGAUGAAGGCGAGCGAGGAGAUCUAUGCGAAUGUUGCGAAUGCUGUGAGGAAUGGAGGUGCGAGGAGGGACGGGGCGUAUAGGGAUCUCGUCGGCAAGGACGUAUUGAGGUUGGAGUUUGCGCCGUAUCUCAAUAGGAUCAUCUCGCCGCCAUUACGACCCGUCAAUAGCCAGGUCAUCCGCCCAGAGGAGAAAGCGAUCCUGUCACGGCUUGUCAAUGUCAUGGUCUCGCUCGAGUUGCGAUUCGUGCAGGAGAAGGCAGAGGAUGGACAGCUUAUCUAUCGUCUAGAUCCACCUGUCGACAUCUUCGUCACCUACGACGGCAAGCGUGCAGCCGACAUCCGCGUCUCCCGUUACGCCGUGCGGCAUCUCGUCGCAGCUGAGAUUGACGCCCAACUUAUCGCAAAGCAAGCGGACGCCGUCGAGCGGACAAAGUCUGCCAAGCCCUCUGCGUUCUUCGGUAAGAGCAAGAUGCACGACACAGAAGACAUAGGUGAUCCCGAUGAUACGCCAGACGACGCAGAACCCGGCGAGGGAACGCUCACCAAUGCUCGCCCCGCCAAGCGCACGAAGGUUUCGGGGGCCGCGGAGACGAUUGAUAUCGCGGACAAGCCUCCAGUAGACUUCUUCGGUCGCCCGAUCAUCGCCAAGCCUAGUAAGGGCAAGCCCUCGUCAAAGGCGCAGCAUGGAGCUGCUGCUAUACCUAUAGCCGAGAGGCCUUACCGCGUAUCAUAUCGAUUCAAGGAGGGCAACUCGGCUGCUGUGCGCAAGCCUGUCAAGCUGGCUUCCUUCUUGUAA